CUCCCCGGCCUCCUCCCACUGCCCGCGGCAGCUCUCAGGCCGGAGGUGGGGCGCUCACCCUGGCAGUCCCCAGCCCAGACGCAGCGUUGAGCGGUCGAGCGGGAGGGACGCGAGGGGCUGCCCGCGCCGCCGUCCCCGCCUCGCGCGCCCCGCGCCCCACUUCGCGGGCGGCCGCCCCGCCGCGCAGCCCUCCUGCCGUCCCGGGCUGGCCGUGCGCCCGGGAAAGGGUGGCCGCCGCUCCGGGAUCGGCGCCCCGCGCGCUCUUCGGCUAUGGCUUCUCCACCGCGGCGGCCGCGGCGCCUUCGCCCCCGUCGCCUCCUGCUGCUUCUCCCCGGACUCCUGCUACCUCUCUGCGGCGCCUUCAACCUCGACGUGGACAGUCCCGCGGAGUACUCCGGCCCCGAGGGAAGUUACUUCGGCUUCGCGGUGGAUUUCUUCGUGCCCAGCGCGUCUUCCAGGAUGUUUCUUCUGGUGGGAGCUCCCAAAGCAAACACUACCCAGCCUGGGAUUGUGGAAGGAGGGCAAGUCCUCAAAUGUGACUGGUCUUCUAGCCGUCGGUGCCAGCCAAUUGAAUUUGAUGCAACAGGCAAUAGAGAUUAUGCCAAAGAUGAUCCAUUGGAGUUCAAGUCCCACCAGUGGUUUGGAGCAUCUGUGAGGUCAAAACAGGAUAAAAUUUUGGCCUGUGCUCCAUUGUACCACUGGAGGACUGAGAUGAAGCAGGAGAGAGAGCCUGUUGGGACCUGCUUUCUUCAAGAUGGAACAAAGACUGUUGAGUAUGCUCCUUGCAGAUCAAAAAAUAUUGAUGCUGAUGGACAGGGAUUUUGUCAAGGAGGAUUCAGCAUUGAUUUUACUAAAGCUGACAGAGUACUUCUUGGAGGUCCUGGUAGCUUUUAUUGGCAAGGUCAGCUCAUUUCAGAUCAAGUGGCGGAAAUUGUAUCUAAAUACGACCCCAAUGUUUACAGCAUCAAGUAUAAUAACCAAUUAGCAACUCGGACCGCACAAGCUAUUUUUGAUGACAGUUAUUUGGGUUACUCAGUGGCUGUUGGAGAUUUCAACGGUGAUGGCAUAGAUGACUUUGUUUCAGGAGUUCCAAGAGCAGCAAGGACUUUGGGAAUGGUUUAUAUUUAUGAUGGGAAGAACAUGUCCUCCUUACACAAUUUUACUGGUGAGCAGAUGGCUGCAUAUUUUGGAUUUUCUGUAGCUGCCACUGACAUUAAUGGGGAUGAUUAUGCAGAUGUGUUUAUUGGAGCACCUCUCUUUAUGGAUCGUGGCUCUGAUGGCAAACUCCAAGAGGUGGGGCAGGUCUCAGUGUCUCUCCAGAGAGCUUCAGGAGACUUCCAGACAACAAAGCUGAAUGGGUAUGAGGUCUUUGCACGGUUUGGCAGUGCCAUAGCUCCUUUGGGAGAUCUGGACCAAGAUGGCUUCAAUGAUAUUGCAAUUGCUGCUCCAUAUGGGGGUGAAGAUAAAAAGGGAAUUGUGUAUAUCUUCAAUGGAAAAUCAACAGGCUUGAACGCAGUACCAUCUCAAAUCCUUGAAGGACAGUGGGCUGCUCGGAGCAUGCCACCAAGCUUUGGCUAUUCAAUGAAAGGAGCCACAGAUAUAGAUAAAAAUGGAUAUCCAGACUUAAUUGUAGGAGCCUUUGGUGUAGAUCGAGCUGUCUUAUAUAGGGCUAGACCAGUUAUCACAGUAAAUGCUGGCCUUGAAGUGUACCCUAGCAUUUUAAAUCAAGACAAUAAAACCUGCCCACUGCCUGGAACAGCUCUCAAAGUUUCCUGUUUUAAUGUGAGGUUCUGCUUAAAGGCAGAUGGCAAAGGAGCACUUCCCAGGAAACUUAACUUCCAGGUGGAGCUUCUUUUGGAUAAACUCAAGCAAAAGGGAGCAAUUCGACGAGCACUGUUUCUGCAUAACAGGUCCCCGGGUCAUUCCAAGAACAUGACUAUUUCAAGGGGGGGACAGAUGCAGUGUGAGGAACUGAUAGCAUAUCUGCGGGAUGAAUCCGAAUUUAGAGACAAACUCACUCCAAUUACUAUUUUUAUGGAGUAUCGGUUGGAUUACAGAACAGCUGCUGAUGCAACAGGUUUGCAACCCAUUCUUAACCAGUUCACUCCUGCCAACGUUAGUCGACAGGCUCAUAUUCUACUUGACUGUGGUGAAGACAAUGUCUGUAAACCCAAACUGGAAAUUUCUGUAGACAGUGAUCAAAAGAAAAUCUAUAUUGGGGACGACAACCCUCUGACAUUGAUCGUUAAGGCUCAGAAUCAAGGAGAAGGGGCCUAUGAAGCUGAGCUCAUUGUUUCCAUUCCACCGCAAGCUGAUUUCAUCGGUGUUGUACGAAACAGUGAAGCCUUAGCAAGACUUUCCUGUGCAUUUAAGACAGAAAAUCAAACCCGCCAGGUGGUGUGUGACCUUGGAAACCCAAUGAAGGCUGGAACUCAACUCUUAGCUGGUCUUCGUUUCAGUGUGCACCAGCAAUCAGAGAUGGAUACUUCUGUGAAAUUCGAUUUACAAAUCCAAAGCUCUAAUCUUUUUGACAAAGUAAGCCCAGUUGUAUCUUACAAAGUUGACCUUGCUGUUUUAGCUGCUGUUGAGAUAAGAGGAGUCUCAAGUCCUGAUCAUAUCUUUCUUCCAAUUCCGAAUUGGGAGCACAAGGAGAACCCUGAGACUGAAGAAGAUGUUGGGCCAGUUGUUCAGCACAUCUAUGAGCUGAGAAACAAUGGUCCAAGUUCAUUCAGCAAGGCGAUGCUGAAUCUUCAGUGGCCUUACAAAUAUAACAAUGACACUUUGUUGUACAUCCUUCACUAUGAUAUUGAUGGGCCGAUGAACUGUACUUCAGAUAUGGAGAUCAACCCUUUGAGAAUUAAGAUCUCAUCCUUGGAGACAACUGAAAAAAAUGACACAGUUGUUGGGCAAGGUGACUGGAACCAUCUCAUCACUAAGCGGGAUCUCGCCCUUCGAGAAGGAGAUGUUCAAACUUUGGGUUGUGGAAUUGCUCAGUGCUUGAGGAUUGUCUGCCAGGUUGGACGACUAGACAGAGGAAAGAGUGCAAUUCUGUAUGUAAAGUCUCUACUGUGGACUGAGACCUUUAUGAAUAAGGAAAACCAGAAUCAUUCAUAUUCUCUGAAGUCAUCUGCUUCAUUUAAUGUCAUAGAGUUUCCCUAUAAGAACCUUCCAAUUGAGGAUAUCUUCAACUCCACAUUAGUUACCACUAAUGUCACUUGGGGCAUCCAGCCAGCGCCCAUGCCAGUGCCAGUCUGGGUGAUCAUUUUAGCAGUUCUAGCAGGAUUGUUGUUACUGGCUGUUCUGGUAUUUGUAAUGUACAGGAUGGGCUUUUUUAAACGUGUCCGGCCACCUCAAGAGGAACAAGAAAGGGAACAGCUUCAACCUCAUGAAAAUGGUGAAGGGAACUCAGAAACUUAACUGUGAUUUUUAAAGUUAUGCUACAUCCUGACCCAUUAGAAUUACCAACUUCAUUAUAGAUUUAAAUUCCCUUCAUGAGGAAUAGAAGACUAAUAAUAAAAGACUCUACUGAUGAUGGUGCCCAUUGGUAUUAACCACACAAUGAAAGCAAUAUUUUCCAGACUUCUCUUUAUAAAUAAGUUCAGACAUACAUUUAAUACACAUACACUGACUUGUGUUUUUAGGUAUUUAAAUAAUAAAAUUUCAAGUGGUAGUUCUUAUUCGAUGUACCUAAGACAGGUAGUGCCUGCGUUACUACUUUAUAUAAAAUAGUACCUCCUACAAUUACUGUUUCUGAUUUAGUGUGUUGGAUUUUGCUGUUUGUUGUUGUUGUUUUAACACAACCCAGAUUUGGACCUUAGCAUCCACAUCUUUUGUACAGGUACUUAAUAUUAAUACAAAUUACACUACAGUUAGCUCUUCAAGCUACUAUAGACUUUAUAACUGCACGAACUUGGAUUGUAAUACCACCUAUAUGGUAGAACUUUUAAAAAAAAAAGGAAAAAAAAAACAUGAUACCAUCAAAAUUCUUUCCUGUAAUAGUAAAGGUACAAUAUUUUUUCAAUGUGAAAAUUGGGUACGUGCUAUUAAAUUUUUAUUUAUAUU